AUGGUCAACUCGGUUCCGUAUCAAUUGAAUAAAAGAGAAACCAAAUUUAUUGAAUGCCCUUCAAGAUUUUUAUUACCGGUAAAAACCCCGAAGUUAACGGUAAUUACUAAUGCAACACUUACAUCUGAUCCUGUAAAAUCAAAUGAGGAUUUCACGGUUGUCGGUUCAGCAACAUUACUUAAAAGUGUGACUAAGGAUGCGUCAUUUGUUGUUGAAUUUUAUGAUUCAAAUAAUAAUCCCAUAUCAGGAGGCGGCUUUACAGGAAAUCUUUGUAACCCUCAAUGUCCAACUAAUUACUAUCAGAUAGAUUUUACAACAAGAGCACCUCCCCACUUGCCUUCUAAUUACUCUAUUGUACUUGCAUUUGUAGGAAAUCAAGUUCCACAUAGAAUUGUAACAGCUUGUGGUUUCGCUUCUGGUUUAUCUGGCUAA